CCUAAUUUAGAGCUAAGAGAAUGAAAAGGUUGUUGAAGAUUUCGUUGAUGGUAAUAAGUUUCGUAAGCAUCAUUCCAUCGUGCUUAUUGAGUCAAAAUUUUCCAAUGGACUAUCUUGUAGUUCAUAAUGCUGCACGUGCUGAAGUUGGAGUUACGCCAUUGAAGUGGGACAAAAAACUAGAAUCACAUGCUCAUGAGUUUGUGAAUGAACAUAUUGCAAAUUGUAGAGGAAUAAUGUCUACGCCGGCUGAGUUUUAUAGUGGUAUCUACGGCCAAAACUUAGGAUAUAGCCCGUUUCGUGGUACAAUAGCAUCUGCAGUGGCGUAUUGGGUAGCACAGAAACGAAAGUAUGAGCACAAAUCUAACAAAUGCAUUGAUGUAACCCUGACACGUGUCAUUGCUACGUUCAAGUUGUUUGGGGUGCAUCAACUUAUUUAGGUUGCGCAAGAGGGGAGUGCCACAAUAAUGAAGGCACCCUUGUUACUUGUUAUUAUUAUCCUAGCGCCAACUUUCCAGCUCAACGCCCCUACUCAGUGCAUUAAUUAUCGGAUUAAACUCAUCUGUAUA